AUGGUUGAUGGUGAACAAGUUAAGAAGGAUGCACUGGUGAAUGCUCAUAAAGGUACCUCUCAAGUGAGAAAAUUUAGAAUUUCUCUUCUUUUCACGAAGUAUGAGGCAUUUAAGAUGAAGGAAAAUGAGACAUUGCAUGAGAUAAUGACAAGGAUGAAUACCUUAACAAAUGAGUUAACUUCCUUAGGAAAGGUUAUUUCUGAGGAAGAACAAGUUGAAAAGGCAAAUAAGAAUCUUGCAAGUAUGAACCUGGAUAAAUUGAUGGGGAACCUAAGAACAUAUGAAAUGGAAGUUGAUAGAAUCAAAGAGAAAACUUCUUCUAAAAAAAUUCUAGCAUUAAAAGCUUCUAAUAGUGAUGAGGAAUUUGAACUUGAUAGGGAACAAGUUGCUUUCAUAACUAAGAAUUUUAGCAAAUUUUUUAAGAAGAAGAAGAGAACAUGUAAUAAGAAACGUUUCAAUGACAAUCCCAAUGGGUACUACAAGUAUGACAAGACUAAUCAUCAGAUCAGGGACUUUUUAGUUUGGGAAAUUCAAUGGAAGAAGGAAAUGGCUGAAAAAGAGCUGAAAGAAAAGGCUAAAAGGAAGGAAGAACAUGCAAUGAUAGCAGCUUGGGGAUCUGAUUCAGAUGCAGACGAAAUUGAUGAAACUGCAUUCAUGGCUCUUGGAGACUCAGAUUUAGAGGAAGAAAAUGAUGAUUCUGAGGAGAAGGUGAAAGGAAAAAAAAGGCACUGGUACUUAGACAGUGAAUGCUCAAGACAUAUGACUGGUGAUAAGAAAAAGUUCUUUUCUCUCUCCAAAAUAGAUAGAGAAAAAGUAUUCUUUGGUGAUGGAAAGAAUGGAAUCAUUACUGGAGUUGGAAAGAUUGGAUCAUCUCAGGCUGAAUUAAGAAGUAUAUGUGCCUGCAAGGCAUUCCUAUCAGAGAUUAAGCCAGAAAAGAUGGAUGUGAAGAGUGCAUUCUUGAAUGGCAUUCUCAAAGAGAAGGUUUAUGUCAAGCAACCUCUAGGAUUCGAAAGCAAGGAAUUUCCUGAUCAUAUGUAUAAACUGGAUAAGGCCUUGUAUGGGUUGAAACAAGCUCCAAGGGCUUAG